AUGUCAAACGCGCAAUCCAGAUUUCUCAGUCCAGGUCAAUGUGGUGUAUUUAAAAUUUUUUGUUUGUUUGAAGGAGCAUGUCAAGAUGCAGUGCAUGAUGGAACCUAUGAAAUUGAAAAUAAAAUUAUUGUCGAUAUAAAAAGAAUUAUUUAUAAACAUAUGUGUCUUUAUCAAGUAUUUGUUAAAUUAAAAAAUGAAUUUAUUGAAAUUGUUUUAACAACAAAACGAAUGAUAUGUAAUCCAAUCAUGAUGAUUUUAAAUUGUCUUUGGAUUGUAAUUACAUUUCAAGAAAAUAAUUGGAUUCAACAGCAAAAAAAAUUAGCUGAACAAGAUCUGAAUAAUAGAAAUGAUGAAAUGCCAAAUGAAUUUAUUCAAGGAACAGCUUUAACUGCACAACUGUGUACACCAUCAUUAGCUAUUCGCUCUGCAUUAACAUUACAAUUUUGGAUAUUUUAUUGGAAAUUAGAACGUCAACGUCUUCAAUUAUCAAAAAGUCUUCCAUCACAUCUUACCGACGUUGGUCAAACAGUUCCAAAUUCAGCUAAAAUAAUUCCAGUUGUCACAGAAAGUAUUAAUGUAUUCAGUAAUGAUCAUUUUAAUAUUGAAACAAUUAGUUUACAUUCAUUAAUAAAACAAGGACGUUAUUUAGUUGUUAAUUUUGGUAGUUGUACAUGA